AGCACCGCGAUGGUUAGUUUGACGCUGAACAUCCCUCGAAACCGAGCUCACAUCGGUCUGGCACCUUUUUUUUUUCCCUCCGUCUCCCUUUCCUCAAUAAUGGCUGGUACUUCGCAGUUUCUAAUACUUCUCUGCGCCGCGUUCCGGCUCUCCGGCUCCUGGGUCAUUAGAACGGAUGUUCUGGACAUCGAGGCGGUUGACACUAACGACCUACGUGAAACCAGACGAGAACGCUUGAAUUUGAUCUUUCCCGGUACCAAGUGGUGCGGAAGUGGUAACGUUGCUGACAAUUACGACGAUCUCGGUACCUUCGCGGAGUCUGAUGCUUGCUGCCGUACACACGACCAUUGCGAAGACAUCAUCGAAGCAAUGGAUACUAAAUUCAAUCUAACCAAUCCGUCGUUUUAUACAAGGGUGCACUGUUCGUGCGAUGAGAAAUUUUACGACUGUCUUCACGGUUCUCCGGACGAAAUUGGCGACAAGGUGGGAAUAUUGUACUUCAGUUUCCUAGGCACCAAGUGCUUCCGUAACGAUUAUCCGAUCGUUGGUUGCAAGCGUUACCACCCGUACCCGAAACGUUGCCUCGAGUACGAACUGGACGAGAGCCAACCGAUGAUGUACCAGUGGUUUGACGUCCCUCUGUACUGACACACGCUGGGAUGAGGGAAAUCCAUUCGACGUGGCCUCCGGACGAACCUUUUCGCAGUGUCACGUUUCUUUGAAUAAAAACACAUU